AUGAUUGGAUUCAGAAAACUUAAAGUUGACCACAAGAGUACAAUAAAAGCAAUUUACACGGGUUCUGAAUUUCUGGAGAGUGUUUUUGCUGGUGUUGAAGUUGGUAUAGUGUUUCUAGCUACAAAAGAGUACACGGAUGCGGCAUGGGACUUUGUGAAAAUGGUAGAAAGAAAUUAUGGUUUUCCAAAUAAAAUUAUCUGUCCUUGUAAGAAGUGUCGAAAAUUAAAUCAUCAUUGUGUUGAUGAUGUUUUUGAGCACUUAGUUAUAACCGGAAUGGAUCCAACUUAUCGUAUUUGGGUUCACCAUGGAGAGCAACCCAUUGAUACUCAAGUUGACGAAGUUUCGAAUGAUAUGGAUGCAUUUGAUUUAUACACGACUGCUGCCAUGGAUGAUGUGGACAAUAAUAUAGGUUGUGGAGGUGGUGAAGAUGAUGAAUUUGUUAACGAAGAUCUUCAAAAGAAGUUGGAGGAUGCGGAAACUCCUUUAUAUGAAGGGAGUGAGAAAUACACAAAACUUUCAUCAAUUGUAGCUUUAUAUAGGUUGAAAAAUCUGAAUGGUUGGACAGACAAAAUUUUUACAAUGCUUUUAGAACUCCUUUGUGAUAUGUUUCCCAAAAACAAUGUACUUCCUGAUUCCAUGUACUCAGUUAGGAAAUUUUUGAGAAAUUUCGAUUUGAAAUAUGAAAAGAUUGAUGCUUGUAUUAAUGAUUGUUGCUUAUUUAGAAAGGAGAAGGCUAAAAUGGAUGUUUGUCCUAAGUGUAGUGUUUGUAGAUGGAAAGUUGAUAAACCCACAAAGAAUGUUAAAGUUGGUGAGGCUGCCAAAGUUUUGAGGUAUUUUCCGAUAAUACCCCGAUUGAAAAGAUUGUUUAGAUCAAAAGAAAUGGCUGAAAACUUAAGGUGGCAUUUCACUCAUAAAAGUUUUGAUGGGAAGAUGCGACAUCCAGUGGAUACACCUGCUUGGGAUUCUAUUAAUGAAAGAUGGCCAGAGUUUAAUCUUGAACCACGCAACCUUAGGCUUGGACUAGCUGCUGAUGGAAUUAACCCCUAUAAAAGUCUAAGCUCCACUUAUAGUUGUUGGCCAGUGAUGCUUGUUAUCUAUAAUUUACCACCUUGGUUGUGCAUGAGGGACGAAAAUACAUUUUUGUCAUUAUUGAUUCCAGGUCGUAAACAACCUGGAAACGAUAUUGAUAUUUAUUUGGAGCCUCUUAUUGAAGACUUAAACAAAUUGUGGAAUAAUGGAGUGCAUACUUAUGAUGCAUUCGACAAAAGCUUCUUCAAUUUGAAGGCAAUGUUGUUGUGGACAAUAAACGAUUUUCCUGCAUAUGGAAAUCUUGCUGGGUGUACAACCAAAGGCAAGACAGCUUGCCCGAUUUGUGGUAAUGAUACAUGUGCAACUAGGCUGAAACAUAGUAAAAAAAUUUCAUACCAAAAUACUAGGAGAUUUCUCCUGUUUGAUCAUCCAUAUCGGUCUAAGAAAGCAUGGUUCAAUGGAGCUACAGAAGAAAGAGGCCCCCCUAAAGUUUUGAGUGGCAGUGAAAUUGUUGAAGAACUAAAUCAAAUUACCAAAGAUUUUGGAAAAAAUAUGAAUCCCAAAAAAAGGAGUCGGGAUAAUAAGGUGGAAGGAAUGUGGAAGAAGAAAUCUAUAUUUUUCAAUCUACCAUAUUGGGAGGUUUUGUUAGUUCGUCAUAAUUUGGAUGUUAUGCAUAUAGAAAAAAAUGAUUUGGGUAUCAAGAAGGCCUUGCAUCCGGUGGAGAAAGAUGGGACUAUACGACUUCCAACAGCUACUUACACACUUUCUAGAUCAGAGAAGAAAAUGUUUUGCCAAAGGUUAUUUGAUUUAAAGUUACCUGAUGGUUAUAGCUCAAACAUUAGUAACUGUGUAGUAGUUGAGGAACGUAAGUUGAUGGGGCUUAAGUCUCAUGAUUUCCAUGUCUUAAUGCAACAAUUGCUGGUAGUGGCCAUUCGAGGAUUGAUGGAGGAUGGUCCAAGAGAGGCAAUUAUAAGACUUAGCAAAUUUUUUAAUGGAAUAUGCCAACAUGUGGUUGACGUAAAAGAAAUCAUAGAAUUGGAAGCAGAAGUAGUUGAAACAAUUUGUAUGUUUGAAAGAUAUUUUCCUCCUUCAUUCUUCGACCCUAUGGUACAUUUAGUUGUUCACCUUGGACGAGAAGUGUUAUUAUGUGGUCCUGUUCAAUUUCGAUGGAUGUAUCACUUUGAAAGAUAUAUGAAGUUACUUAAAGGGUAUGUGAUGCAACCUACACAUCCCGAGGCAUCUAUUGCUGAACGUUACAUUGCAGAUGAGUCAAUGCGCUUUUGUGCAUCAUUUUUUAAACAAUCUAAUGACGAAGGUUCCUUCAUUGGACGUAACGAAUAUAAUGAUAGUGAUGUGAUACUUGAAGGUCGUCCACUUCAUCGUGGUGUAACUGUUACACUAAAUGAUAAGGAUCUAGCUAGUGCACAUCGCUAUGUAUUAUUCAAUUUAGCUGUCACAGAGCAAUAUUUAGAGUGA